AUUGUAAAUGAAGGUAGACCCACCUGACAGUAAAAUAAGACAUGUAUACAUUUAAACGUUAAAACGUACACGAAUACCCGUGACACUGCUGGACAACUGCGUCACUACAGGAAGAACUUCCCAGUGGAUGAAUGUACUUAUCAAAACAAACAAAACCACGUAUGCUUUCAACGAAAUGCUCGAGUGAACUUGCUAUUACCUCGAUUGAAACAACGUGCCGAUUUAAUUCUAGUGUUACUCCAUCUUUUUUAGUGUUAACCAACAGCAAAAAUGCAAUUUCAAGGAGCCAUGAGGAUUAUUUUACCGACGUUGUGGGCUAUUUCAACCAUAGCAGAGGAAUCCACGAUGUCGCCAACAGGCAUUAUUACUACUGCCAUCAACACCAAACAUAUCACGAAUUCGAGUGCCAACAACACGACGUCCAAGAACAAUCACCGCAACUUUUUCAACGCUUUCAAUGUAGAUAAUUCAAUGAUACAAAGAACAUUGUAUGUCCUUAUUGGAAUCACCACAAUUGGAGUGCUCUAUUUCCUCGUGAGAGCUGUGCGGCUGAAGAAAACAACAACCUCUCGGAAGAAAUAUGGCCUGUUGUCAAACUAUGAUGACAGCUUGGAGAUGGCUGCUCUGGAGAGUGAUGAGGAGGAGGACGACACUGUAUAUGAAGCCAGGUCCCUGAGAAAGUGA